CUUUGGAAAGCCGGUAUUGUUUUACAUGUACUUUCAGUAGCAAGGAUCUAUCACGCAAUGGUAACAAUGAGUAGCUAUUUAUAACGUGGUCGAUGUUUAUUCAGAAGUGAUGACCUACUACGAGAGAUCGACACAAAACUGGGCAGCAUUGUUUUACAAAGACAGUUGUGAUAUUUACCUUGACUGGAGUUGCACAGCAAUGGAGUCGACGGUGACAUUGCUAGUCGUGCUCUUAGUCAGUGUGCACACCCAGGCACAAACUACAUCUCCGGUGCCAGUUGCAGUGAUGUUCGUAGGACCUCAGCAAAAUGCCAACUCCGGCUCGACGGUCCGUUUGAACUGUUCCAUCGAGUAUCAGGCCAGUGCAAAUAUCAGCCUUCAAAUUCUGCACGAAGGUAACGAGAUCAUUAUGCAAGAAAUGAUCAGCGCGAUGACUACGCACCAAUCAAGUAGAUACCAACUGAGUGUGGCACAACCUGAAUCAAGCAAGUUUCUCGUAUUCCUGGACAUACUUAAUGUUGGACGCGCAGACUCGGGAACCUACACCUGUAAGGCGACUCGAGAUGCGGCAAGCCAGGUCACAACGGAGGAAGCGAUUGUUGAGCUCCAAAUCAACUAUUUGCCGCCCAGAAAGUAUCCCUUAUGUUCUACCCUUGGAGAAGCUCUCCCAGAACCCAUUCGCCAGGGGCAGGUGGUGACUCUUCUCUGUUCUUCUCGAACAAGUGAACCGACAGUCGUUCUUAAUUGGUUCUACGCAGGGGGCACUGACGUGAGAUCCGUGACAGAGACAGAAAGCGAGAACUACGUCCAGUCCGAAUUAACGGUUGCUCUUCUGUAUCCAUCAACCGGUGAGGCACCGGUCUUCAGAUGCGAAGCAACUAGUGAUGCCUUUACGGAAUACCGCAGCAGUUGCACUCGGGGUCCAUUUAAUAUAGCGCCACCUACCGAAAAUGAGACGAUUGCCCCAGCCAGCGGGCCUCCUUCGUCCACUUCAGCGGCAGUUGAAGGUGCAAACGACAGCACUGGAGAAAACAGUCAACCUUCCGUGGCGUCACCUGCACCGAGUGAAUCCAGCCAGUCCGCGACACCACCUCCAACGAGUGACUCUAAUCAGUUGCUUAGCAACGCCUCCUGGAUGCUCGUCAUAAUUAUUGUCUUAGCAUGUCUCCUCCUCAUAUCUGUCAUCAUCAACAUCUUCAGCAUCGUGCGACGACGUCGUGGUGGCUCGGCUCUCACGAUAAGCCAAGAUGACCACUACCAGGGAUUGGACAAAGUUGACGAGAAGGGCACGUACACCUCACUGACGACCCCAGCCUUGAGCCUUCAGGCCAUCAACAAAAAGUCUGAAGUUCUCCAAGCGAGCGAUGCAACCAAAGACAGCGAGCAGGAUUAUGCCCAAGUAGACCUGUCUCCCAAUUCCGAAUCCAAACCCAUACAUCUCGAGGAUCCAAAAUACGUGAAUUACAAAAAGAGAAAACCAAAGCGCCCUUAAAAGUUGAGUAUUUCAUUUGUCGAUUGUGCAUUUUUUUUAUCGUUUAAAGCCAAAAAAGGUGCUUCAAAUCUAAAGAAAGGUACCUAACAAAUAAUCGGAUGAAGUUUAAUCGGAUGAAGUAUAGUGCUAUCAAUGCUGUAUAUUCCGAGAAAACAUCAUUGUGUGUCUCGAAUUCAAUUUAAGAGUUGCUGAAUCAUGUUUUGAAUUGCGCCCGAAAUCAGCAUCUAGGACACGUUCUCAUUCAGUCGAUUGCAGCUACACGCGAUGUCAUGCAGAACUGACGCACGCAGAAUUGAGCGCUCCCAUUGACGGCUUCGUCGAAUUAACAUACUAUAAUGUUUUAAGCCACAUUUAAAAAAAAUUAAAGUGAGGCUAUAAUGAAUAAGUAGUCUGGCACCAUACAUCCAAUUCAACAGUUCACAAUUUCUGAAAUACAUUCAGGACACACGACAAAAAAAGGCCAACUUGUGUAAGAGGUUCAUGCCCAAUUUAAUUAAAAUAGGCCCUCACUACUCGUGACACCACUCUUAAAAAUGUGUUCGUGUUCAAAAUUCCGUAACUUAAAAAGUACGAGUGAUUGAAUGAUUCUUGUACUAAAGGAAAGCCUAAUGAGCUUUCAUAUCCUGGAUUUUGAAAAUGCUACGUUCAAUACUUCAUUCAAAAAUUGGUCCUGCCAUUUGGGUUGCAGGUUUUUGUUUACUUACGCUGUACGGUGCGUAUAAAAACAAAACAACCGACGAACGGCGAAGCCCAUUAAAAAAACCCAAAUGCUUACAAUGGGCAAAAACAUUAAAGUAUAAAACAUAAAUUGCUGAUGAAUGGAUUGGAGAAAAUCCCACGAAAAUGUUUAUAAAAUAACUUCGUUUGUGUAAUUCCAAAGUUCUUGUAUUUGUAAUAAUAAUGUUUUUGGUCUGUUGCACCAAUGCAAUCUUUCCUAGUAAUUUUGUACUUUGCUUAAUAGUUUACAAUUUGUAAUGUAUUGCAGGGCCCAAUUAAUUGAGCCCAGUGGGACCUAUAAUCUCCCUGGGUAAGGAAAUGUAUUAAAUAAAUGUAAUCAGUACUGGCAAGUCUGAGAAA